AUGGGGGUCGAAGUGGAUGUAAAGCCUUCGGAAACCGGCGAGGAUUCUAUUCACUUAUGGUCAUGCAUUUUGAAAGAGGUUGCAAAUGCCCGCAUCGGAAAGCUUCCUCAUAAUAAGGGUGUAGUUGUUUUGGGAGAUUAUGGGACAGGUAAAAGCACCCUCGCCUGUCGUUUAAGUCAUAAACAUCUUCCACCAAGAAGUCCCGGUCUUGAGUACCACUUUGUCGACAUCCGUGAUGAAGCUACGGAUGAUCAAACGAAGUUGAGUGUAUGGAUAUUGGACGGAGAUCUGGAGUUCAUACCUUAUCUCAAGUUUCCUCUCGACAAGAGGAACUUUGCCAAUCGCAUGGUGGUGAUUGUGGUGGACAUGGAGAGGCCUUGGAAUAUCAUGAAUGAAUUGGAGAAGUGGGCCAAUGCUUUGGAGGACUACAUAAAGAGCAUGGACAUUGAAGUGGAGGAGAUGCAAGAGUAUAAGGAUAGUCUUGUGCGCCAUUUCCGCGAAUACAUUGAACCGGACAGCAUACUUUUACACUCAGCGAGUGGUAAUAGUGGCGGUACUGACACAGCUGAUGGUGUUGGUGAGAGUGCUGCGCCGGUGGCCCAGGUUUCCCGCCCAGCUGCUGUUGCCGCAACUGGUGGGAAUCCCCUCCAUCCAGCUACUGCAGCCCUUCUCCGAUUGAGUGGCUUGCAGCAGCAGCAACAGAACCAGUCUGUUCUUCAGGAUGACGCUGAAGAAGAAGGAGAUGAGGAUGAUGUAGACGAAGGUGAAGGCGGCGAAGGCGAGAUGUCAAAACCGAAGAGGAGUAAGAAGACAGUUUCUGAUGUGCUGAAGGAGUUGCCUAUUACUCCAGGUGCUCUAAUCAAUAAUCUCGGUAUUCCUCUGGUGGUUGUGGUCACCAAGACUGACGUGAUGGAUGACAUGGAGAGGAAGCAGGGAAUGAGUGAGGAACAGUACGAUAUCAUUCAAAUGCACAUUCGUAGGUUCUGCCUCUCCUACGGUGCUGCCCUUAUCUACGUGUCAGCCAAGAACGGCAAGAAUUGUGGUUUGUUGAAGAACUACCUGCAGCAUCGUAUCUACGGUUUCCCAUUCACACAAAACGCCUACGUCAUUGACAAGGAUUGCGUAUUCAUGUGA